GUGUGUGUCGGGUUUUGGGAGCUUUAACCAAAACCCUACGAGAGAGAAUGUGAGUCUGAAUCCAGUAUUCCUGUCCGGGACCUUACUGGGAGUACUGGGACUUAAUUAAAACAGCUUUUUAGGAGUUUCUGCUUCUGUCACGUCCCGUAGGCUACUAAAUCCAGACAAAACCAAUAUCCUAGUCGGCUCUACAGCCAGAUGAGAUGCUGCUCAGAAGGGGACUGGAUGAGUUGGAGGUGAGUCUGAUCUUCUUAGUGAAUGUGACCCAGACCUCCUAUCAGGCAGAGGAGAACCAGGACAUCACACUGGAGUGGACCUUCACCACCAACCCUCACAUCUCCUCCACCUCUCUUAAUAUCUUCUGUGAACUGUUAACUGUCCUCAGACCCUCAGUCCUGUUUCAUCUCUAUGAAGGAAUUGGGGUCCCAGAGUCUCAGGAUGAACAGUUUGCAGGACGAGUCCAGUGGGACAAAGACGUCCUCAGAGAAGGACGACUCAGACUUCAUGUGUCCAGACUCAGGACUGAAGACUCGGGACUGUACAAGUGUCAAGUUGCCACAGAUUAUGGGAGGAGCUCUGGUAGAUAUUGGCUCAAUGUCACUGCAGCGAGGGAUCGGCCUGAACCUGAGACACUGAACACAACAAGUUCUUCAAAUACAACAAGUCCUCCACGAACAGAGAGUCCGGGAUGGAUCGUCCUCUACUGUGGACUGGCACUGACAGCAGCAGCUCUGCUGGCUGCUGGUUCCUAUUGGUUCAGAAAGAGAAGAACGCAGAGAGAACAUUAUUCCCCUCCGGAGAUUAGUGGUUACAGAUCAGCAGAUGUUGAAUCAUUAACAACUGAGACAAAUCAGUUAUAAUCAACGGUUUAUAUCACGGACACAAAGGAAAUCCUUUUUCUCAUUGAAU